AUGACAACAAAAACACGCGUCUGCAUCCUCUCAGACACCCAUACCGAAACCCCUCACCCGGCACCCUUAAUCCACAAACCCUACAGACACCCACUCCCCAAAGCAGACAUCUUCCUCCACGCCGGUGACCUCACCAAAGUCGGCCGUGAAGCAGAACACCAAACCAUCAUAGCCAUGCUGAAACAAGACGUAGACGCAGAACUCAAAAUCGUUAUUGCGGGAAACCAUGAUCUCACGCAUGACAGGAACUAUUAUGCGGAAAGGGGUGGAAGGUGGCAUGGUUCUGCGCGACGAGAGGAUUCAGAGGUGAUUAGAGCUCUGUAUACGAAUCAGUCUGCUAGGGAGGCGGGGAUUGUGUAUAUGGAGGAAGAAGUCCGCACAUUUACACUCAAAAAUGGUGCCAAAGUAACUGUUUAUGCCUCGCCGUAUACGCCUGAAUUCUGUGGAUGGGCUUUUGGGUAUGAGAGGGACGAAGAUCGAUUUAAUCCUAAUACUGCCCCGAUUGCGUCAAGUGUCAAUCAGUGGGUUCCUGAUUUUCCGGGCGUGGAUAUCAUGGUUACGCAUGGUCCGCCAGCUGGUAUAUUGGACAAGAUCAAUUGGGGGCAGAGCGUUGGCUGUGAAAACCUCCUAAAAGCGUGUCGACGCGCAAAGCCGAGGUUGCAUGUCUUUGGGCAUAUUCAUGAGGCGUAUGGUGCUGUACGUCGUGAUUGGAGUAUUGACAAAAAUUCCGAGAUUGAGAAGGAAGAUCGUGAGGUAGUAAUGAACAAUAGACGUCGAUAUAUCGAUGUGUCGAGUGGUGCGGAGGAGCCGCUCAGAUAUGGCGAGGAGACGCUCUUUGUGAAUGCGAGUAUUGUUACGUUAAGUUACAGUGCUGAUAAUGCGCCGUGGGUGGUUGAUUUGGAUUUGCCUGUUGCUUGA